AUGGUGGCAGAAAAAGACACCCUGAAUUUAAAUAAAAGUCCAGAGAAGAUGAUGAAGAGGACCAAACUACAACCGCAACAGUCGCUCCCCGUGCACCAGCCGCACUCCCUGGUUUCUGACGGCUUCACUGUCAAAGCCAUGAUGAAAAAUUCAGUCGUGAGAGGCCCGCCAACUGCAGGAGCAUUUAAAGAACGACCAACAAAACCCACAGCUUUUCGAAAGUUUUAUGAGCGAGGAGACUUCCCAAUUGCCCUUGAGCAUGACUCCAAAGGAAACAAAAUUGCCUGGAAGGUAGAGAUUGAAAAGCUGGAUUACCAUCACUAUCUGCCUCUGUUUUUUGAUGGGCUUUGUGAGAUGACAUUUCCCUAUGAGUUUUUUGCUCGACAAGGAAUCCAUGACAUGCUGGAACAUGGGGGAAACAAGAUACUUCCUGUCAUUCCACAGCUCAUUAUUCCAAUAAAAAAUGCAUUGAAUCUCCGUAACCGACAGGUCAUCUGCGUCACACUCAAAGUCCUUCAGCAUCUGGUUGUGUCAGCUGACAUGGUGGGUGAAGCUUUGGUGCCCUAUUACCGACAAAUUCUCCCCAUCCUAAACAUCUUUAAGAAUAUGAAUGGAACUUAUGAAAUCCCAAGGCUGUACUGUUCAUGGUGUAUCUUGGGAAAAUGUAAAUUGGAUCAUUUGGGGCUAAGUGAUUUGCCCACAGCUAAUAAUCAAUACACAGAAGUUAAGGUUAACUCCGGAGAUGGCAUUGACUACAGCCAACAGAAGAGAGUAAACAUUGGAGACUUGAUCCAAGAGACACUGGAAGCAUUUGAGCGCUUUGGAGGAGAAGACGCUUUUAUAAACAUUAAAUAUAUGGUCCCCACCUAUGAAUCAUGCUUGUUAAACUAACAGAUAGAACAGCUGUGUUAAUGGGGAAGAUUCCAUUAGUGUUCUAAUCAUCUAUCUCUGACAUUGUUCAACAUCUUGCUAUUUAUGACUCCUUUUUCUACAGCUGCUAAAAUAGUGGU